AUGCAACCUCCAUAUUUUCAUGACAAGAGCCCAGUGAUGCUCAGCGUCAGCGUACCCCGGUCAGGCAGGUCAGAACCCAGCAACUUCGGUCACUCGGGAUUUAGGGAGGCUCGAGAAGCUUACGGGCUGUUCCAUCCUUCUAUCCUUCCCGAGUUCAACAGCUCCAGUUGGCAAGCUUCACGAAUACGCGAGGACACAUCAGCCUUCCAUCUGGUCAACCAUGAUGGUCUCUCUCCACUCCUUGUCGCGACGCCCGAUGCCAACAAUGGGGUACACCAGGAGGGUGUGCGGUGGACGUCGCAGCCGCGAUUUCAGCCCCAUCCCGUCUCGUCUCCUCGUCAGCGUACUGGCUUCGUGCGUGGCUCGUCCUCACUUGGUGUCACGGAGCCCGCUGUGCUGUCGCCUCUGCUCUCGGAGGGAUUUCCUUCGCCUUCGCUCCCUGUCUUGUCGCCACAGGCCUCCAAGCGCUUGACUGCCACGCGCAAGCAGAAGCGCUCUACCAUCGCACGAGCCAAAUCCACUGUCUUUGAUUACCAGGCAUCCUGGCUUGCGCUGUACUUUGCAUUCAACCUUGGUCUGACUCUCUACAACAAGCUCGUGCUCGUGCGGUUCCCUUUCCCGUAUACCCUCACUGCGCUGCAUGCGUUUGCGGGGAGCGUUGGUGGUUGGGUGCUGAUGCAUCGUGGGACGUAUGUCCCUGCCCGCUUGUCAUUCCAGGGCCAUCUUGCGCUUGCCGUGUUCAGUGUACUGUUUGCGGUGAACAUUGCAGUAAGCAAUAUCUCGCUUGAGUUGGUCACUGUCCCAUUUCAUCAAGUUGUUCGGGCUGCGACGCCUAUAUUCACCACCGGCCUGUCCAUCCUACUUUUUGGCACCCAGUUCAGCAGGAUGAAGAUCCUCACGCUUGUGCCUGUCAUGGCUGGGGUAGCGCUUGCAACUUAUGGCGACUAUUAUUUUACCCUGUGGGGCUUUUGUCUCACCCUCCUUGGCACAUUCCUCGCCGCACUCAAAACCAUCUACACGAAUGUCGUGCAAUCCACCCCUAUGAAGCCCUCGCCGCCCUCUGUCCCCGUCCCUUUCUUACAGUUCCUUCUCCCGCCGCGCUUGCGACUUCAUUCCUUGGAUUUACUCACGCGCAUGGCACCGCUCGCGUGCGCUGAGUGCGUCUUUGCCGCAUACCUUACGGGCGAGCUCUCGGGCGCGCGCCAGUGCAUCGCUCGGGAUGGUGCCAAGGGUCUUAGUAUUCUCCUGGGAAAUGCGUGCAUCGCGUUCGGGCUGAAUGUCGUUAGUCUGUCUGCGAACAAGCGCGUCGGUGCGCUCAACAUGACCGUCGCCGCGAACAUAAAGCAGGUGCUGACGAUCCUCUGCGCCGUGCUGAUCUUCAACCUUACGAUCACUGCGACGAACGCCACGGGCAUCCUCAUCACCCUCGUCGGUGGCGCGUGGUACGCUUGGGUGGAGUACGAAGAGAAGGCGCAGAGAAGCGGUGGCAAGCGGGUCUUGACGCAAGCUGGUUCGUGA